AUGGAUAUUUUACGCCGACGCCCCGUCGCGGCGACGCCGCGAACGGACGCGCGUUCGCGACGCCGAACGACGAUGCGUCGCGCGCAAAGCUCCCAAUCAAAAAAGAUGAUUCCAAUGAAACCGCCCGCGUCGUCGCGGUCGAACGACCUCGGAUCGACGUCGAGCGACGACACGGACGCAUCGAACAUCGUGCGCAACGCGUCGGCGACGCACGAGCGGAUGAUGCGAGAGCGGAUGCGGAUUCGUGAAAAUUUGGCCAGGACGCGGGUGAGUCGGUUCGCCCGCGCGCCGGGCGGCGGGUUGUUGGAUCGCGUCACCGGUCUACAGAUGCGCGAGAGCGAAUCGGAGGCGAAGCGGAUGGAAUCAUUCGCGGCGAGACAGAUCGAUCAGGAGCGGGCGUCGAAGGUUCGGGCGGCGGAGGCCAGGGCGGGGGCGCUGCGGGACUCGUUGCGGCGCGCCGAGGCGGAGCUCGCCGAGCUGCGAAGAGCGACCGCGAACGGGGACGUGGUUCGAAGACCGGCGAUGCAAGCGAGUGAUCCUCAGGCUGUGCGUGAGGCUGGGGCGAAGCGCGUGGGCACGGCGUCGCUCGGGAAGGCUGCGAGGAAGUUGGCGCGCUCGCGGUCGCUCUCGAAGAAGAAGUCGAUCGACGUCUCGAUGCGGGACGAGAAGGACAAAACGCGCAGGGCGCCCGCGCGCGAGGUGGUGAGUAAGUACCAGCGAGACACGACGCCGCAGGCGGUGAGCGUGCGCGAGGAGGUGUGCCUGCUCCCGAAGCCCAUCUUCGUGGUUUCAGAUUCCACGGGCGCGACGGCUGCGAAAGCCGUGCAGGCGGCGCUUGGACAAUUCGAGCAGUGCAUGCACAUGCCUUACCCCACGAAUUUGGAAAUGUUCCGAUUCAUUAAUGAUAAAUCCGAGCUGGCGGCGAUCGUGCAGCAGGCCAAGGAGGACGACGCGCUCAUCGUGUACACCCUGGCCGAGGUCGACAUGUCGCUCGCGAUGGCCUCGCUCGCGGGCGACGCCGGAGUGCGCUUCGUGAACGUCUGGGAAAAUCUCUUGAAGCAGAUGGAGGAGCACAUGGAGAUACCAUUGAUGAACUUACCGAUGAUCAAACGCCCGUCCGGCGAAGCGGAGACGCGACAGUCCGCGGAGGCGCUGCUCUCGAGCGAUUACUAUCGCAUGAUUGAAGCCGUGGAGUACACCCGACAGUGCGACGACGGCGCGUCGUCGCACAGGUGGCGGGAGGCCGACAUUCUCAUCCUGGGCAUCUCUCGCACCGGUAAAACCCCGUUGAGCAUUUUCUUGGGCCAACGCGGGUACAAGGUGGCGAAUUACCCCCUGGUUCCCAUCGACGGAAAGCUCGUCCUCCCGCCGCACAUCGCGGACGUUGACCCUCGUCGCGUCUUCUGCCUCAUGAUCUCCGCCGACGUCUUGCACUCCAUCCGAGCCCAUCGAUUACAAACCAUGGGUGUCGCCGACGCCGAGCGCGAGUUUCGAAACUCCCGCCACGCCGCUCGCCGUUCCGUCUACUCGGACCUCGGCGUCGUCCGCCGCGAGCUCGAGCUCGCCCGCGCCCUCUACGCCUCGAACGACGCGUACAAAAUCCUCGACGUCACCCACAAGGGCGUCGAAGAAACCGCCGCGCGAAUCAUGGCCGUGAUGUCCGACCGUUUCGGCCGCGCCCAUCGUCGGGCGGACGCCGAGUAG